GAAAGCAGCCUCUUACUUCUGUCAUUCCAGGGGAGGCAGGCGGAUGCUGCUGAGCGCUGUGGAUGCAGGACUUAGAAGAGCAAAAUACAUUAGAGGUCUUUGUGAAGAGUGUGGAGGAGGAGUGAGGUGAAGUUAAGGGGAGAGGCAGUCUCCUUCCUUCACUUAUCAGCAACAUCCUACCAUCAUCAUGGAUCUCUGGAGUAAUAAAGUCAGUGGAAUAAUUGCACAGGUUGCCCUUCUACUUUUCUGCACAUCUGGAACAACGAGAGGCGAUAUGUGUGACAGUCCCCUGGUUUCUAAUCUGCCACCAUCAUCCUUCAGAAGCUCCUCACACUUUUCAAGCAGCCACGGGCCCGGCUUUGCAAAACUGAACCGAAGAGAAGGAGCAGGAGGGUGGUCUCCUCUGAGCUCAGACAGGUAUCAGUGGUUGGAAGUCGACCUUGGUGAGCGAACUCAAAUCAGUGCUGUGGCCACUCAAGGUCGCUACGGCAGCUCUGAUUGGCUGAUAGCCUACCUGUUGAUGUUCAGCGACACUGGCCACAACUGGAAGCAGUAUCAUCAGGAAGAUGGUAUAGGGGUUUUUCCAGGCAACAGUAAUGCAGACAGUGUGGUCAAACACAAGCUCCAACAGCCAGUGAUCGCUCGCUAUGUCCGACUGAUCCCCUUGGACUGGAAUCCCAACGGCAGGAUUGGACUCAGACUAGAAACUUACGGAUGUCCUUAUGAUUCUGACGUCGUGAGCUUCAGUGGCCAUAGCAGCCUUGUCUACAGACUGAGUCCUAGGCCGAGGAUAAGCAAGGAAAGCAUAUCCCUGAACUUCAAAACCCUGAGGAACUCUGGGAUAUUGUUCCACGCAGAGGGACAAAAUCAGCAAAGCAUCACUCUGGAGUUAGAGAAAGGAAAACUUCUUCUGCUGCUCCAAAAAGGCAGAAGCUCCUCUCCCGACAGCCGACAUCUUGUGUCCCUGGGCAGCCUUUUAGACGACCAGCACUGGCACUACUUUGCAGUAGAGCAUCACAGCACUCACCUCAACCUCACAGUGGACAAAACCACACUAUGGGUACAGAUUCCAUCCACAUUUAGCCACUGGGACCAUGAUCAGAUGAGUGUGGGAGCAGAUCUGGGCUUCGAUUCUCAGAAGUUAACUGGGUUAAGCACAAACAGAAACCUCUACGGCUGUUUAGAAAACCUCCUUUACAACGGUCUGAACCUGGUGUAUCUUGCAAAACAGAAAGACCAGCGGGUUACUGCAAAGGGCAAUGUGACCUUUUCAUGUGCUGAGCCAGUUUCUGUUGCCAUGACGUUCACCGGCCCUCAGAGCUUCCUCUGGUUACCGUGGAUGACAGGCUCGUCAUCGGGGGGCAUGUCAAUGGGGCUUCACUUUCGGACAUGGAACAAGGAGGGGCUGCUGUUGACCUUUGACUUGCCGGAGAGGGCUGGCGUGGUGUGGCUUUAUCUGAGCAAAGCCAGACUCUGUCUACAGAUCCACAAACCUGGCAGAGCGCAGCUAGAACUCAACACGGGGUCGGCUCUGAACGAUGGACAAUGGCACAAUGUAGAGCUGAUUUCCAGACGUGGACAUGUAACUGUAGCUGUGGAUGGAGAUGAAGGAGCCACUGCUCACACCAGCCCUUCACUGGUCAUAACUAAAGAAAGCAACCUUUUCUAUGGUGGUUGUCCAGCUGAUGUGACCAGCCACGAGUGUACAAACCCCUUCAGGGCUUUUCAGGGCUGCAUGCGAUCCAUAACGAUAAAUAACCAACCGAUCGACCUGAUAAUGGUGCAACAGAGACUGCUGGGAAAUUACAGCCAACUGCAGAUUGACAUGUGUGGCAUCAUUGACAGAUGUUCUCCCAGUCACUGUGAACAUGGUGGCAGAUGCAGUCAGUCAUGGAGUACCUUCCACUGUAACUGCUCCGACACCGGCUACAGUGGAGCCACCUGUCACAGCUCGAUACACGAGCAGUCCUGCGAGGCGUACAAACACAAAGGCAACACGUCGGGGUAUUACUACAUUGAUGUGGAUGGCAGCGGACCCAUCAAACCACAACUAAUAUACUGCAACAUGACAGAGGAGAAGACGUGGAUGGUGAUACAGCACAACAACACUGAACUGACCAGAGUCCGACCUUCAGUGGGAAAGAACCAGCACUUAGCUCACUUUGAGUACACAUCUCAAGAUGAACAGCUGAUGGCCAUCGUCAGCCAAUCAGAGCACUGCGAACAGGAAGUGGCUUACCACUGCAGGAAGUCCCGUUUCCUCAACACACCAGAGGGGUCUCCUCUCAGCUGGUGGGUAGGAGGUCCAGGUGUGGGACAGGUCCAGAACUACUGGGGCGGAGCUCAACCAGGCAGCCAGCAAUGUGCUUGUGGGUUUCAGGAGAAGUGUGUGGAUCCAAAACACCACUGCAACUGUGACGCAGACCGUGCUGAGUGGACUAAUGACUCAGGCCUGCUCACCCAGAAGGAGACCCUUCCUGUCAGAUCUCUGGUUCUGGGUGACGUCCACCGGCCUGGAUCAGAGAGCGCCUACAGAGUUGGACCGCUUCGUUGUCAUGGAGACAAAAACGUAUGGAAUGCUGCUUUUUUUGAGAAGGAGACUUCAUACCUCCACUUUCCCACAUUCCACGGAGAGCUGAGCGCCGAUAUCUCCUUCCUGUUCAAAACCACUUCAUCCUCUGGUGUCUUCCUAGAAAACUUGGGCAUCAAAGACUUUAUUCGGAUUGAACUCAGCUCUUCCACUGAAGUCCUCUUCUCCUUUGACGUCGGUAAUGGACCAUUAGAGGUUCGAGUGCAGACCGGCGCCCCACUGAACGACAACAGGUGGCAUCGUGUCCGAGCUGAGCGCAAUAUUAAAGAGGCUUCACUCCGCCUUGAUGAGCUGCCUGCUGCCACUCAGGAGGCUCCUGCCAAUGGCCACAUCCACCUGCAACUCAACAGCCAAUUAUUUAUAGGAGGCACAGCAUCCAGGCAGAAGGGCUUUCAGGGCUGCAUUCGCUCUCUGCAGCUGAAUGGGGUCACGUUGGAUCUGGAAGAGAGAGCAAAGAUCACCCCCGGGGUUCAGCCAGGAUGUCCAGGCCACUGCAGCAGCUACGGAUCCCUCUGCCAAAACCACGGCCACUGUGUGGAGAGAGCCAGCAGCUUCUUCUGCGACUGCCGUCCAUCUGCCUACACAGGAGCCUUCUGUGACCGAGAGGUUUCAGCCAGCUUCAAAUCAGGAACAUCCGUCCACUACACCUUCAAGGAGUCGAUGCUGAAUGAGCUGAACGGAAGCAGCAGCACCCGGUCCUCGUAUCUCAACCCUGACAUGACCCUGAAUGCAGAAAACAUCUCCCUAAGCUUCAGAACCACUCAGAGUCCAGCCUUGCUCCUUUACAUCAGCUCCUUCUACAGAGAGUACCUGGCUCUGCUGCUAAACAAGCACGACAAGCUGGAGGUGAGAUACAGAUUGGAUAGCAGCAAGGACGUAGAUGUGCUGAGAAGCAAAGUGAGGAACCUUGCCAACGGACAGCUACAUACUGUUACAAUCAACAGACUGGUGGACAGCGUUUCCAUACAGGUUGAUCAGAACAACAGAGAGCACUUUAACCUGACGUCUGAUGGAGAAUUCAAUGCUAUCAGGUCACUGGUUCUUGGCAGAGUGCACGACCUUACUGAGUUGGAUCCAGAGCUGGGCCGCCUUGCCUCUGUGGGCUUUACAGGCUGUUUCUCUGCUGUCCGCUUUAACUCCAUCAGUCCUCUGAAGGCUGCACUGCUCCACGCAGACACCAGCCCCCUCACCGUCACCAGCCCACUGGUUCAGGCCAGCUGUGGCUACAGUUCAGGAAAUCCCUAUGCAGUUGAAACCACCCACCACCUCUCAGGCCAGUCCGGAUCUGUGGAAUCAGGUCAGCCCUUAGUUAAUGCCAUCAGGAGUGACUCAGCUCUAAUUGGAGGUGUGAUAGCUGUGGUCAUCUUUGUGACUGUGUCUGCUUUGGCGAUAGUAGCCAGACUCUUAUACAGGAGGAAAUGGAUGUGUCAAAACCAGGAUGUGAAAACCGUAAAACCUGAAGACAGCCCAGAGCUGCCAUUCAGCAGCCAAAACAACUCACACAACGGCCCCAGUGAGAACCAAAAAGAAUAUUUUAUUUAGGUGGAACGGUGACCUGCUACUGACCCGACAGUGUUGGUGCUGAGGAGGCAACUAGAGACAGACGCCUUUACUCUGUAAACCGAUCCGAACUCUGGCUCAACAACACAGGACACAAACAGAACUACAGUUUGUUUUGGUCUCCUCUUGUGGGUGUAUUUUUCUAAAGACUGUGUAUAGAUGCACAAAAACAAAGUGAUGAAUUUAUAACGUGCCAAUAUUCUCUGUUCAAUUGUAAAUAUGAUGCAAAAGCUACAAAUCAGACUUUGUAUCAGUCUUUAUGUGUGCAGUUGAAAUGUUUCAAACUCUUAAAUGAGUGAUUGUACUUUUAUUGGGUGAUGAAUGUAAAGGCUCAAAAAACUUUGCAAAAACUGGACUGAUGAUUCAAUUCAUUUUCCACAUUGAUAAUACAUAAACGUGUUCUAUGAAAGAGUGAAUCACAUGUAUUGGUGUCAAGCGUUUUGGAUGCUGCAAACAGAUUCAGUUUCUGUUUCAGUUUGCUGUUUGUCUCUUCUAUCGUUUUAUUGUGUCAAAGCAAAAUCUAAGCAAAACCUCAUUUUCACUUCAUCAUUUUUUUUGUUUAAUUUUUUGAGUUGAAGCACAACCCUGUAUCAUAUUUCUUUUUCUUUUUUUUCUGUCAUUUACCAGCUUCCAAAUCUCAACAUGCUCUGAACAUCUACAUCAGACCAUGAGAUAUUUUAUUUGUCCUCUCACAACAACUCGAUGCUAAGUGAGAGAUGGUAAAUGUGAUCUACUGUGUAAUGAUUUCCAGUGAGUAAUGAACAGUAAAUAUAAUCAGUUGGUGGGUUUGAGCUGUAACAUUUUGAUCUGUACAAAUAUUUAGUAACAAACAAAAUUAUGUAAAGUGAAAUAAAACAAUUGAUGCCUUU